CUGGCUGCCCCCUUCUCGUUCUUCUUCAAUCAUCUUCUCUCUGAACUUUCGUUUUCCCCCUUUCCCCUCUUCCUCUCUUCCAAUUUCUCUCCCAUUUCUCCUCCACGGCGUCCUUCGAUCUCCCUCUUCCUCCUUCUCUUGAUCUGAUUUUGUUGUUCGGCUUCAAUUGAGCCAUCAGGUUUCCAUGGCCGCCGCCAAGACCGCUCGGUCCAGAGGCACGCCUGUCAAGGAGACUGGCGCCAAGUUUGAGGAGGGCAUCAGUUUCUUCAGGUCCGAUAAAUUUGAUGCCGAUUCCUAUGUUCAAACUAGAUGCUCUCUUAACGAGAAGGAAAUUAAGCAAUUAUGCACUUAUCUUUGGGAUUUGAAGAAAGCUUCUGCUGAGGAGAUGCGUAAAAGUGUCUAUGCAAAUUAUGCUGCCUUUAUACGCACAUCAAAGGAGAUAUCAGAUUUAGAGGUGGAGCUCUCGUCCAUCAGAAACCUUCUGUCUACUCAGGCUGCUUUAAUUCAUGGUUUAGCUGAAGGGGUUCACAUUGAUUCUGUGUCCUCCUCUGCUUCUGAAAGCACAACUCCAAAUGGCUUUCUAGGUUCAGGGGAUGACAAUCCUUCAGAUACUGAGAAGUGGUUAGUGGAGUACCCUGAUACUUUGGAUGUUCUCUUAGCUGAACGAAGAGUUGAUGAAGCUUUGGAAGCUCUUGAUGAGGGAGAGAGGAUAGUUUCUGAGGCAAAAGAAAAGAAAACCUUGAGCCCAGCGGCAAUUAUGUCUCUUCAAUCAUCAAUUGCUGAGAGGAGGCAAAGGUUAGCAGAUCAGCUUGCUGAGGCUGCUUGUCAGCCUUCUACUCGUGGUGUCGAACUCCGUGCAGCCGUAUCAGCACUCAAGAAAUUAGGAGAUGGACAGCGUGCUCACACUUUGUUACUAAAAGCACAUCUCCAAAGAUAUCAGUACAAUAUGCAAAGCCUUCGGCCAUCCAGCACUUCAUAUGGAGGAGCCUAUACUGCUGCCCUCUCCCAGUUGGUUUUCUCAGCCAUUGCUCAAGCUUCUAGUGAUUCCUUGUCUAUUUUUGGUAAAGAACUUGCUUAUUCUUCUGAGCUAGUGGUGUGGGCUACAAAACAGACGGAGGCUUUUGCACUUCUUGUAAAAAGACAUGCUUUAGCUUCAUCUGCAGCUGCUGGAGGUCUCAGAGCUGCUGCAGAGUGUGUUCAAAUUGCUUUAGGUCAUUGUUCAUUAUUGGAAGGUCGUGGUUUGGCACUCUGUCCUGUGCUUGUAAAACUUUUCAGGCCUAGUGUUGAACAAGCACUUGAAGCCAAUUUAAAAAGAAUUGAAGAAAGCACAGCUGCCUUGGCUGCUGCUGAUGAUUGGGUACUAAGAUAUGCUCCGACAACAACAUCCCAAUCUGGCCGAACUUCUAGCACUGCUCUUAGUAAUACUGCAUUCCAACAUAAAUUGACUAGUAGUGCUCACCGCUUCAAUUUUAUGGUCCAGGAUUUUUUUGAGGACGUGGGACCUUUACUUAGUAUGCAACUAGGCAAUCAAACUCUGGAGGGUUUAUUCCAAGUUUUUGACUCUUAUAUCAAUAUGUUAAUCAAAGCAUUGCCUGGUAUGGAAGAAGAAGCAAAUUUUGAUGGUGCGGGAAGUAAGAUAGUGCGCUUAGCUGAAACGGAAGUUCAGCAAGUUGCUCUCUUGGCAAAUGCAUCAUUGUUAGCAUAUGAACUAUUGCCUCGUGCUGCCAUGAAACUGUCCCUGCCAACUCAGACUGCUUAUAAGGACGAUCCUCGCCAGAGACUUUCAGACAAGCAAAACCGUCAUCCAGAACAAAGGGAGUGGAAAAGGCGGCUAGUUGGCUCUGUGGAUAGAUUGAAAGAUACUUUUUGUCGACAGCAUGCCCUUGAUCUGAUUUUUACAGAGGAUGGAGACAGCCAUCUCACUGCUGAGAUGUACCUGAACAUGGGUGGAAAUAUGGAUGAAGUUGAAUGGUUCCCAUCUCUUAUAUUCCAGGAACUGUUUGUAAAACUGAGCAGAAUGGCUAGUAUGGCAGCAGAUAUGUUUGUUGGCAGGGAAAGAUUUGCUACAUUACUAUUGAUGAGGCUCACAGAAACUGUCAUCUUGUGGCUUUCGGGGGACCAAAGUUUUUGGGAUGAUAUUGAGGAAGGCCCAAGGCCUCUAGGACCUCUGGGUCUUCAACAGUUGUACUUGGAUAUGAAGUUCGUCAUGUGUUUUGCUUCCCAAGGUCGAUACUUAUCUCGGAAUCUACACAGAGUUGUCAAUGAGAUCAUUUCAAAAGCAAUGGCUGCGUUUGCUGCAACAGGAAUGGAUCCAGAUAGUGUACUACCGGAAGAUGAAUGGUUCAAUGAUGUUUGUCAAGAUGCAAUGGAAAGAUUAAGUGGGAGGCCAAAGGCCAUAAAUGGGGACAGGGAUCCUAAUAGCCCAACAGCCUCAGUUUCAGCCCAGUCGAUAUCUUCUGUUAGAUCUCAUGGGAGUUCUUGAGUCACAAUUUCUUCCUUGUAAAUUAGACACAUCCAAGUUCGUUGCGUGGAUUUGGAUUUGUGGGCGUUGCAUUCCUGGUUGGUACUUGAGCUUCCAGUUCCACCACCCUCUAGAUCUGUCAAUUACAUCCAUAUUCUUUGAAUUUUGCUCUCUUUCAUGUUUAAGUUUUAGAGGCUUCCCUACAUUUGUAUUAGAUAUGUUGGUAAAGUUUAUGAUAAGCAUGUAGUUUGUAAAUGAUGAUCGAACGAACUAUUAUGAUUCCCACAUUUUUCCAUUCUUUAACAGAAGCAGGAUUCUUGCCUGUGAUUUGGUUCA